UGCAGAGCAGUUAGUGCUGCACAGAAACAGGCAGAGCUGACUGCAGCAUAGCAGAGCAUCACCACCACCAUCAUCAUCAUCGCACCUUCCAGGUGAGGACUGCACGCACACCAUGUCAAGCACCGAUGAUGGACCUGCUCUGUUGGGCUGAGACCUCCUGACUUUUCAUCCUCAUGUUUUUUUCUUACGUGCCACUUUGGAUCUUCCAUAUCAAGUUAAACUAAGGCAGCUACUUAUCAUGAAAGGAAUUAGGGCAAUAUUAUAUUACUUCUUGGUGGAUCUCUUUACUUUGCUGUGUGGCACACAGGGGAAGAGUGGACCUCACUUUGGGAGCACAGAGGUGGUAUCAGAUGUCAACCUGUCCAACCAUGGAGAUCUAGAAACUUCAGAGCCUCCUCAGACUGCUGAGGGGUGCAGGGGCUACUUUGAUGUCAUGGGGCAAUGGGACCCUCCAUUUAACUGCAGUUCGGGGGAUUUUCUCUACUGUUGUGGGACUUGUGGCUUCAGAUACUGCUGUAAGUUCAAACAAGCUAAGCUGGAUCAAAGUGUCUGCACAAACUAUGAUAGACCUAUCUGGCUGCUACCAGGAAAGACGCCCCCAAAAAUUGAUGACCCCAUGCACGACCCCACUAGGGAUAAAACAAACUUGAUUGUCUACAUCAUAUGUGGAGUAGUAGCAGUAAUGGUCCUUGUAGGGAUAUUCACCAAGCUUGGACUGGAAAAAGCUCACAGACCUCAGAGGGAAAACAUGUCAAGGGCUCUUGCUGACGUGAUGAGACAAGGUCACUGCUCGACAGACCCCAUGGAGAGAGAUGCCAACCUCAUCGUUCACAUGCAGCACUAUGAAACCAUGCAGUCCCGACCAUCUGCAAAUAACUUACAUUCUUCAAAAAUGAAUAAUGUUCCAACAUCCCCACACCUUCCACAGUUGGCGCAUCCACAUUCCUUUCCAACCAUGGGACAGAUCUCAAAUCCGUAUGAGCAGCAGCCUCCUGGAAAGGAGCUUAACAAAUAUGCUUCCCUCAAAGCAGUCGCGGAAAAGGGAAAUGAAGACUUCUAUUCAAAAAGGAGACACCUUGCAGAACUUGCAGCAAAAGGAAGCCUUCCUUUACAUCCUGUCCGUGUGGAACAAGAGAGGUCCUAUAGUCCUGAAGGUGGCACACUGAAAUUAAAUGGACAGAAAUCCAAAGCCACCAAAAUACAUAAUCAUCCACUGGCCUCAUCGUACAAUCCUGACUAUAAAACCUGGGACCACUCUGAGCAUUCCCUGCGGAGGCAGGCCUAUGCAGCCAAGAAGCAUUGCCCGGUGGAGUCAGUAAAUGAACAGAUGCCAUCUCAAAAUCAGCACUAUGUUCCUCCACAGCCAUACUUUGUAACAAACAGCAAAACAGAAGUAACUGUCUGAAAUAUAAAAAGCUAACCCUCGUGGAACCAAACACCACUAUAGGUAUGGAAAUGGAGGUCCCUGUAUGCUGAAGAUUGUGAACAGCAGA